GAAGAAAAACAGAAGCGAGAAAGCAUAGAGAGAAACAGGGAGAGAGAGAAAAAGAGACAGAAUUUAAUCUCUAUUCAUUCUCACUUUCUCUGUUUCGUCAUUCCUAUCCUCUUUCUAAGGAAUUCAAUCAAAUUAGAUUUUCUUUAUAUCUAACCCAACAUUUUGAUUUUUGUUUUUUGUUUUUUAAAUCGCAAUAUAGUUUGUUGGACUGUGUUUGGAGUUUGGACGCCUGUGAAUUAAUUUGUAGGAUUUGACUUGUGAAUUUGGGGUGGUUAAAACCUUCGGCUUUUUCUAAGUACGUUGCGGUUGUGUAUGUGAUAAAUAUGGCAACAGAGCAAGUUUUGUCUUUCUCAAUAGCUUCAAUGGUUGAGAAUGUUCUUCAACAACGUGGUACCCGGUUGAGCGACCGGGGCUUGGUUUCUAGGAAGGCCGACGAAGCUUCCCUGAGAAGAUAUGAAGCAGCUGGAUGGCUCAGAAAGACGGUUGGAGUUGUUGGGAUUAAAGACUUCCCAGCCCAGCCUUCCGAAGAAGAGUUCAGGCUUGGAUUGCGAAGUGGGAUAGUCCUUUGCAAUGCUCUUAACAAGGUUCAGCCAGGAGCUGUGUCAAAGGUGGUUGAGGGCCCUUGUGAUUCUGUUGUUACUCCUGAUGGGGCAGCUCUAUCUGCAUUCCAGUACUUCGAAAACGUGAGAAAUUUCCUAGAUUCUGUGAAAGAAUUGGGGCUUCCAACCUUCGAAGCAUCUGAUUUGGAACAGGGAGGGAAAUCUGCCAGGAUUGUAAACUGUGUUCUAGCACUCAAAUCAUAUAGUGACUGGAAACAAGGAGGUGGAAAUGGAUCAUGGAAACUUGGUGGAAAUAUGAAACCACCAACCUGUGGGAAACCCUUUGCACGAAGAAACUCGGAACCAUUCAUGAAUUCCUUGUCGAGGACAUCAUCGAUGGAGAAGUCUCUAGAGAGUUUGUCUUCUGAUCUAUCUUCAUACUGUGAUCUCGAUCUCUGCCAUGACCUGAAUGAAACAGGUUCAUCUCGUUCCUUAAAUGUGCUAAUCCGUGAAGUUCUUUCUGAUAGGAAGCAAGAAGAAAUUCCAAUUGUUGUGGAAUCCAUGCUUAAUAAAGUCAUGGAGGAGUUUGGGCGCCGGUUAGGAAGCCCAAAUGAACUGAUGAAAACAACUGCCAGAGAUAUCUCAGUAUUUGUCUCUGACAAUUGUCCUUCUAAAACUGCUUCUGAUGAUACAAAGAUGGAAGAAGAACCUGCAACACUAGUUAAAGAGGAGGAAUGUUACGAUUGGAAGUGUGAUCUUGAUGAUGGAUCAAAAAGUCAGCUUUUGAAACAACACAAGUUGGUAGAACAUCAACAAAGAGAUGUUCUGGCACUGAAACAUAUUCUUCAUAGUACAAAAGCAGGCAUGCAAUUCUUGCAGAAUAAGUACCAGGAGGAGUUCAACAAUUUAGGUAAGCACCUGCAUGGUCUAGCUCAUGCUGCUUCUGGAUACCAGAGAAUUCUUGAAGAGAACCGAAGGUUAUACAAUCAAGUGCAGGACUUGAAAGGGAACAUUAGGGUAUACUGCCGAGUUAGGCCUUUCCUGCCAGGGCAACCAAAUGGUUUGAAUAUUGUGGAUCACAUAGAGGAAGGAAAUAUUACGAUUAAUGCCCCUUCAAAAUAUAGCAAAGAGGGACGAAAGUCGUUCACUUUCAACAAAGCAUUCGGUCCUUCUGCAACCCAAGGGGAGGUAUUUUCAGACACCCAACCUCUGAUACGGUCUGUUCUUGAUGGUUUCAACGUGUGUAUAUUUGCUUAUGGCCAAACAGGAUCAGGGAAAACUUAUACCAUGACUGGACCCCAAGAGCUUACAGAGGAGGCCAAAGGUGUUAAUUACAGAGCAUUGGGUGACCUAUUUCUUCUCUCAGAACAGAGGAAAGGCACCAUGUGCUAUGAGAUUUCUGUUCAGAUGCUUGAAAUUUACAAUGAACAAGUUAGGGAUCUGCUUGUGACUGAUGGUCACCAGAAAAGAUUAGAAAUUCGUAACAGCUCUCAAAAUGGGAUCAAUGUACCUGAGGCAAACCUUGUACCUGUAUCAUCAACAUCUGAUGUUAUAACUUUGAUGAACCUUGGCCAAAAGAAUCGAGCAGUGAGUGCUACAGCCAUGAAUGAUAGGAGUAGUCGUUCUCAUAGCUGCCUUACAGUUCAUGUUCAAGGAAGAGACCUGACAUCUGGAUCUAUUCUUCGUGGCUGUAUGCAUCUGGUUGACCUGGCAGGAAGUGAAAGGGUUGAUAAAUCUGAGGUGACAGGAGAUAGAUUAAAGGAGGCACAACAUAUUAACAAAUCUCUUUCUGCUUUAGGAGAUGUUAUCUCCUCUCUUGCACAAAAGAAUUCUCAUGUUCCUUAUAGGAACAGCAAGCUCACACAACUGCUCCAAGACUCACUUGGAGGGCAAGCGAAGACGCUCAUGUUUGUUCACAUAAGUCCAGAGCCUGAAGCUCUGGGAGAAACAAUUAGUACACUCAAAUUUGCUGAAAGGGUUUCCACUAUUGAGCUUGGUGCUGCUCGGGUUAACAAAGAUAGUGCAGAUGUAAAAGAGCUUAAGGAGCAGAUAGCCGGCCUUAAAGCAGCCUUAGCAAUGAAGGAGGGAGGAAUGGAGAGUCUUCAACGUACUGUAUCUAGCAGUCCAGAAAGACCAAAAAUAAAAUCAUGUGGAUCUUCUCCUUCCCAUCCUAGUUGGAGAAGUGUUGGAGAUCUAUCUCGGGGUCAUAUGCAAUUAAUGGAGGAUGUUGGUAACUUGAAGGUUCGGAAAAACUCUGCAGCCAAGCCAAAAAGACAUAGCUUAGAUCUUCAAGAUAUGAUGAGGAAUUCACCUUCUUGGCAUCCUGUUGGCAGUCCUGGGUUGGAUGGAAAGGAGGAUGACAAGGAUUCGGUUUCUGGCGAUUGGAUUGAUAAGGUAAUGCCGAACAAACUAGCCGGACGUUGGGACGUAGACAACAGACAGUUGCCUGAGAUGUUUGGUCGGACUUAUCCCUCUGCUAUUUCAAAAAUAUACCCUGAACAAGCUUUCAAUAAAAAGGACGGCCAGGAUUAUGAUGCGCCUAACAGUCGGUGUGAAGUUGCCACUGACGACUCAGAUGAACUCGAGGCUGAAACUAGUGAUUCGUCAGAGCCAGACAUGCUUUGGCAACUAAAUCUUCAUAAAGCUACCAUGAUUCCAAAUGGGAUGGCUUCAAAAACAAAGAAAACAAAUCCCAAAUCAGCAAAGAGCUCAGAACCGAGGAGUUUAAUUCCAAUGCGGAUUCCUUCACCAUCACGGAUCAAAGCACCCAAUGGAGUUAGUCAGCCUUCGAACAAGCCCGGAAGACAGGCUGUUCUAGCCGAAGGAAAAUGGAAGAGUGGGAAUGCCAAGUGAGAUAAGUGUCAUGGGGAAUAUUGGUGAAGUUGCUCAUGAGUCUUUUAUUCCCUCUUUUUCGUGCAUUUAUUAUAUAUAUAUAUAUAUAUAUAUAUAUAUAUAGUUGUAUAAAAAGAGAGAGUACUGAGAGGGAGAGAUCAGGUUUUCUCUAUUGAAGUGGCAAUAGUUCCAGUUGGCUGAGUUUCUCUGGUGGUGAUCAUGAGAUCCCCUCACCUAGCAAUUUUCAUUUGUUUAUAAGAGUGCUGAAGAAAUCUUUAUUCUUUUCAAGUACUAUUAAAACAAAAAAAAUGAAAGAAAGAAAUAUAUGACUAGU